AUGCGCGUAUUUCCCGAUAUUCCCGUUACUUCAAAAGGAAACGAAACUAGAAUGGGAAAGGGCAAAGGCUCAUUCGAAUAUUGGGCUUGCAGAGUACCUAUUAAUAAAAUCGUGUUCGAAAUAGGCGGCGGAGGAAUGCGAAGAGAGACAGCAAAGGAAGCAUUGAGAUUAGCAUCAGAUAAGUUGCCCGUUAAGACGGAAUUUGUGGAAGUUGAAAAAAACUCGAGACUCGAAACUUCUAUAAAGUUAUUGGACAAAAAAGACAGUGCCAAGGAUAACUCGGUCAAAUCACAAGCGACUGUUUACACUUAA